UAACAAUAAUUCACUGUAGCAGGGUUAGCAUUAGAUAUGUCUGAUGAUGCACUCCCAGACGAAAUGGUUGGAACUUUCCACGACUUCCACAACUCUCUGAAGUCAGUUGAACAGCUCCUUGAUCCCUACCUUGAUACACCACUAGACGAGAUGUAUGAUCUGUUAUCUCCUAUUGAGCAAGCUAAGUCAGAGCUUGUCACAGCAUAUACAGUGAACUCGUUGUAUUGGUCUUUUUUGACUACUCAGGGAGCUAAAUUAGAGCAGCAUCCUCUGAAGAAGGAAAUGGAGAGGAUACAGAUGUACAUGAGGAAAGUGAAGUUGCUUGAAAGUGCUCUUAAAGGUGUCAGGCCACCCACUGGGAACAAUGUGCCUGUUAAUCAGACUGUAGAUAAAUAUGCUGCUGCUCGGUUCAUCAAGCGUGGCAUCGGCCAGGAAGAAGAUAAGUUACCAAAGAAACGAAAAGUUGAUGAAACCUGAUGAUCAAGUAUCUUUGUAAACAAUCUGACAGAUCUGCUGCUGGAUAUUACGUCCUGAACAGGACUGGCAGUAUUUAGUUUGAAUUUGCUUAAAAUCAGUAAAACAGAAACUGGAGACCCGAGAUAAUGAACAAUGAUUAAAUACAAUAUUGUAACAGAUAUUAACCGAUGGCAUUAUAUUUGUAUGUAUUAAACUCGGUCAAAGUUCUAUCGUAAAUAGAUAACUAUGAAAAAUGCUGUUUUUAAAGGGUUUUUAUUUCUAUUGCAAUUCUGUUCAUCGUUUUAGGCUUAACCAUCUUUUGAUGUUUAUUUAUUUUUGGUAAUUUCAGAUUAUACUAUUCAUU